AUGUAUGCUAACAUCUCAUAUGCGCUUCUGUCGGCGGCGCUCAUCGUGUUAAGUGUGGUGCAUCUCAUCUUGCUUACCAUUCACCGCCCUCAGUCUCACUGUUUGCCUGAGAUAUCAAUCUUCGUUCUCUUUAUCUGCGUCAAUGCUGUUGUCAUUGGCAUUGGUCUAUCAGGCUUAAGGCGCGGGGAUACGCCAGCAUUCUACUAUCCCUUGGGAAUAUGCACAGCCUUUCCGCUAGCCCUUGAGAUGAUUCGGCUGAGCAAAAUCCAGAGCGGACCACUUACGAACGCCCUGCUGCAUCGAUUAUUUCUAGGAUAUGGUUUUCUGUCCCCGGCGGUAAAGCUCGGGUUGAUCUUAUGCUCGGUCGCCUACGAGGCGUCGGUGAAAGGUACAGCUGUGGUCGUGUCUAUCGACUACAUGGUACUUGCGAUUGCCGGUCUGCUUUUUUGGCGCGGAAUUCGCGGUAUACCAUCUCAGGGGCCUGUAAUACGUGAAGUUACAAUCCAUGCACUUCUUGUUCUCGUAACAGCAGGGUUUGCCGCAGGCGGACUCUUCCACGACUGGGCCCUUUCGAUCCAAGUAUUAAAGCUAAUCCGGACUAUCUAUGCCAUUGCAACAUUCAAGGAGAAAAUUUGCUCCCGUCGUUGCAUGCGAAGGGCGUGCUUACUAUCAUCGCAACGGCCCAAACGGAAAAUUUUCGGUAGAAGUCACAGUUUUGAGAUCAUGCCAACGCGUGGAGACAGCUACUUUGUCAGUGCAGGCACUGGGAAGUUACCCCCGGCCUCACUAUCCGAUCUUAUGAGCUCGUGGGCGGGGGUUGCCCAUGGCGUUGGAGGCGGGUUAUAUCAGGGAUAUGCGAUUCAGCCGGUCGUGCCCAUUGAGUAA